UCCUUCCCCGCAUCAAACCUCUCCUCCUCGUCACACACCCCGUCUCGCCGCCGGCGAUGCGCAGACGCCAAUGACGACGACGACGACGACGACGAACCACAGCGCCAAGAGCAUCCUCCUCCUCGCGCUCCUCCUCGUGCCGCACCUCGCCGCGGCGUCGUCGGGAGAUGCGCUGAUCAGCCAGCGCCGCCGCCUGCUCGACUACCACGGCGGCGGCGGCGGCCAUGGCGGCGGCGACGUGUACGUGGACCCGUCGUACACGUUCCCGAACGCGCGGCUCCGCGACGCGUACGUGGCGAUGCAGGCGUGGAAGCGCGCCGUCCUGUCGGACCCGCACAACGUGACGGGGACGUGGAUCGGGCCCGACGUGUGCGCCUACGAGGGCGUGUUCUGCGCGGCGGCGCGGGACGACCCGCACCUCGUCGUCGUCGCCUCCGUCGAUCUCAACCACGCCGACAUGGCGGGCCACCUCCCCGACGAGCUCGGCCUGCUCGCCGACCUCGCCGUGCUCCACGCCAACUCCAACCGCUUCUGCGGCGCCGUGCCGAGCACCCUCGAGAGGCUCCACCUCCUCCACGAGCUCGACCUCAGCAACAACCGCCUCGUCGGCGCGUUCCCGGACGUCGUGCUCCGGCUGCCCAGCCUCCGGUACCUCGACCUCCGCUUCAACGACUUCGAGGGCCCCGUCCCGGCCGAGCUGUUCGACCGCCCGCUCGACGCCAUCUUCCUCAACUCCAACCGCCUCCGCUUCCGGAUCCCCGACAACGUCGGCAACUCGCCGGCGUCCGUGCUCGUGCUCGCCAACAACGACUUCGGCGGCUGCCUCCCGGCGUCCGUCGCCAACAUGUCCGGCACGCUCGACGAGAUCAUCCUCAUGAACACCGGGCUCAAGUCCUGCAUCCCGCCGGAGCUCGGCAUGCUCACCGGCCUCGCCGUGCUCGACGUCAGCCACAACAGCCUCAUGGGCGCCAUCCCCGGCGAGCUCGCCAGGCUCGAGAACAUCGAGCAGCUCGACCUCGGGCACAACCGCCUCACCGGCGACGUGCCGGAGGGCAUCUGCCACCUGCCGCACCUCCAGAACUUCACCUACUCCUACAACUUCAUCACCGGCGAGCCGCCGGUGUGCAUGCACGUCAAGGCGUUCGACGAUCGCCGGAACUGCAUCCCCGGCCGCCCCGACCAGAGGCCGGCGGAGCAGUGCCAAUUCCAAAACACCCACCACGUCAACUGCGACGCAUUCAGGUGCAAGAAGUUCGUCCUCCCGUCGCCUCCGCCACCGCCACCAUCGCCGCCGCCGCCGUCUCCUCCACCGCCGUCACCCUCUCCUCCACCACCUUCACCUCCUCCUCCAUCUCCACCACCACCAUCUCCAUCGCCUCCUCCACCUUCUCCCCCGCCGCCGUCUCCUCCACCACCAUCGCCAUCGCCGCCUCCACCAUCUCCACCGCCUCCAUCUCCUCCUCCGCCAUCGCCAGUGUACUACAGCUCGCCGCCGCCGCCGUACUACGAGGUUUCACCGGAGGACAGGUACCUCUCGCCGCCGCCACCUCCGGCGUACCACGAGGCGCCGCCACCGCCGUACUACGAGGUGUCGCCGGAGGACAGGUACCUGUCGCCGCCGCCACCUCCAGCCUACCAAGAAACGCCGCCGCCGCCGCCGCAGUACGAGGUGUCACCGGAGGACAGGUACCUGUCGCCGCCACCUCCAUCACCGGUGAAGUGGAAGCUGCCGGUGUACGAGUACUCAUCGCCGCCGCCGCCGGCAGCAACAUGGAAGCCAUAAAAUUAAAAUCGAUUCUUUCGGGAUUUUUUUUUUCACACACUAUGAUCAUACAUAUUGUUAAAUUUGUUGUAUGUUGAGUAAAAAAAGGGAUGCUAAAUCUUUUCUGUUACUACCCCUCCUUCCUGAUUUUCUUUUGCUUGUACUGUAUGUAUUUUUCUUCUUUUAUUUUUUUCUCCUUCUUUGAAUGAACAGCAGGAAAUCUGCUUUUCCUCCCAUUGAUUUGCUUGAUUUACAGAUAAUCCAUUGUGAACAAAUGGCCAUAUUCUGAUAUA